AUGUACAGAUCGGCAAUAUCAGCGGUUGUACAAUUUUUUUCGGAGGCGAAUAAUGCUAGGCACUGGUUUACAGCUAAUACAACUUUGGUAAUUUUGGGCUACAAAACAAUAAAUCUGGAUUUAAUUGUAGAUGAAGGUGGUUUAUAUAUCAUAAGAAAACUACUACUUUUCUCUGAUGAGCACAUCAUGUCUUUCAGCCUGUCAGCACUCAACAAUUUAAUACUAAGAAAUCAAUCCGAUAAAGAUGUUCAAAAUGCUUUAUUCCACAUUUUUAAAAAAGGCUGCACAAAAUUUCAAAUUCGUGCCCUUUUUGCUAUUUCAAAAUUCAUUAAAGAUAAGGACGCGUUAUAUUAUUUAUUGUUCAAAGAUAAGGCUUUGGAAUUAUUAUUGAAAGUUUUAUCUGACAAAAACCUCUUUCAAUACGAAGAUAAAUGCAUUCUAUCUCUUUGCGGAAUUUAUCAAAAAAUACAGGACACAAGAAUAAGAGAAAUGCGUUAUCAAAUAUCCAACUGUGAACAAAGUCUGAAGAUACGAUCUCCUGCAAACUGUUCAUACGUUAAAUGCAACUUCGAUUUUGAGUUCGUUGUGGACAACGGUGCGAAGAUACUAGCAUGUCGAGAAAAACUUUGUACGAAUUCGGACUAUUUUAAAGCUCUGCUAGAAGGGAGCUUCUUGGAAAAGAACAUGAAAUGCAUUCGAUUAAGAGACAUUACUGAAAAUGUUCUUUUAGUGAUUGUUCAUUUUCUUCACGGUUGUGUAACAAAUCCAGUUAUUUGUGACAAUUUGAAUUUAAUAUCGUUUGAGGAAAUGUUAGAAUUACUGGCAAAAUGUGAUGAGUACAUGCUGUUUGAUUUGAAAGCGUCGGUAGAAAAUGCGCUUUCUUUAUGUUUUUCCAAACAAACUGUGAUAAAUAUUUAUCAGUUUUCGAAAUUAUACGAUUCGAAAAAACUAAUUACUGAGUCAACUGAUUUCGUUUUGAGUAUGGAUACAAAUGAAAGAGAUGCUUUAUUGAUAUGUUUUAGAGAAAUGCUACACCAUGGAUUUUUAAAAGAUGUAGAAUUGCGUAUGAAACAUUGUUAUACUGAUUACAUUGCUUUACCUAAUAAGCGCAAACCUCAGAUUUUCUUAGCUCGUAGACAGUUUAAAAAAAAUAUGAGCAAUUUAAAAAGAUAA